ACGCCCUGCCUAAUGCUGCCGCGAGGUUCUGGUUUCGUUAACGGAUCGAUGUUUGUGCCAUUUGUACAGUCAAACUUGUCGGAGAGGAAUGCGGUAUACUUGCAACUGGUGCCAAAUCUGCUCUGAUUUUUAUUUUCCUUUCCAGUUUUGGGGUUUGCAUGUUUGAAUAUCCAAGGUCACGUUCGACGAACAGAUAUUGUACAUAACUACCUGACACAGUUGCUUUGUAAUGUUUUUCCUCUCUUGGGCAUUCCUGACCGUAUGGAAUAGUUGGAGGAUGCGCUAAUUCGGGGGGGCUGAUUAUGAUUGCAUAUUUAAUAAUGGUACGUUUAGCUGGACUUUGAUGUAAGAUCGAAUUUAGAAGAUUAAAGAUCCUUUCUAUUCUCGAGAAAAGCGAGGCUGGGCCUCAGAACUGGAGGGAUAUCCGACCCCUUAUUUAAGUCCAUACUUAGCGUGUUUGCCGUAUUGCCUAGUGGCGUUGGCGGAGCGAGCUGGUUCUGCCCUGUUGCCCGACGGAAGUUUGUGCAGUCGCUUCGGAGGCAGGUGCGUGAUGCCAGUCCUUACUCCGAGGGGCGCACUUGGAACUGAAAGUUGUGAGUUCAAUCCCUCUCUCGAGACUCGAGCACAUAAUCAGAUGUUCCACUAGCGACUGCCAAGCUCAGGGGAUACAACAGGGUCGGCGGUGCUUAAAACAAAAGAAAGAUUAGACUUUGUAGUGAAACACCAUAUGUGCUCUCUGGAGGGUAUAAAUGACCCCACAGCAGGCCUGGAAGAGCAGGGUGUGCUUCCGCUGGCCUGACCAAUAUUUACCAUCAAACUGACUGUUAAAUGUGAUCUAUUUCGUUAUCACGUCACUGUUCUCAGAAAUUCCUAUGUAUAAUUCGCACCCUCUUUCGCAAAUUAAGACAAAUUCAAAAAGGAAACUUAAUGGGCGACAGCCCCCUGGGGUAUCCCGGGCUGAUGGGAAGUCUAGUGACAAGGCGCAAGUCGUCUUUUCUGAUCAAAGUUGGUGUUUUGCCGUGUGUUUUCCAGUCCAGAGUUUAUGGGUGGCAGGAGCCGAGUGCAGAGCAGGAGCUGAUGUCCGGGCGAAAGCACUUGUGGACUAUGGCUCCCGGGCUUCACGCAGUGUGCCUCCUCCUCGUGGUCGCUCUGAUCCUGCUCACCCCGGCCGCCUUCGCUCAGGACGAUGACUCGGGAGGUGAUAGCACUCAGGCGCCCGGCAACAACGACAACCUGGAUUUCGACGACUACCGAGGCAAAGGCUGUGUGGACGACAGUGGAUUUGUGUACAAAGUGGGCGAACGUUUUUUCCCAGGCCAUUCGAACUGCCCGUGCAUGUGCACGGUGGACGGGCCGGUGUGUGAACAGCCUGAAUGCCCCAAGAUUCACCCCAAGUGCAGUAAAGUGGAGCACAACGGCUGCUGCCCCGAAUGCAAAGAAGUGAAAAACUUUUGUGAAUACCGGGCGAAAACUUACAAAGUGCUGGAAGAAUUUAAGCCGUCUCGCUGUGAGUGGUGCCGAUGUGAAGCAAGCAGUGAGGUGCACUGUGUAGUUGCUGACUGUGCAGUUCCUGAGUGUGUCAACCCUGUCUACGAACCCGAGCAAUGUUGUCCGGUCUGCAAAAACGGUCCCAACUGUUUUGCAGGUUCGACAAUAAUCCCAGCAGGGAUGGAAGUGAAGGUGGAUGACUGCACCAUAUGCCAGUGCUCACAGAAUGAGGAUUGGUGGAAGGCAGAACGACAGGCCACAUGUAUAAAACGGGAAUGUGAACGACUGUGAACUGGGAGUCAACUGUUCCACUUUUAACUAACUGCCAGCAAAGCAGCACCAUAAAGUGCUGUACAGCCAAAAAAAAAAGCCCAGCUCUAUACACUGCAAUUGUCAUUGGAAGAUCUAGAUUCCUGGUGCAAAUACUGUUUGGUGAAACAUUAUUUUUUUAACAUUGCUCAUCAUCUCAUCCUACCUGUGGAUUCUAUUUCGGUUGAAAAUUAAAUUAGGGUUUUGACUACUGAUUACUAAUAUAUUUUGGUUUGCAGUAUUUAUGUUGGAUGCAACUGCUUCUUGUGUCAACUUAAGGACCUUUCCUGCUCCUCAUAAGCACUGGUUGUUUGCACUUAAUAUUAGAAGCUGUUUGCAGGCAAACUGUGAUACUUCUGAAUUUGUUUCAGCUCUGACUUUUUCUGCACUUUGCUGUUUGCUUCAUCCUAACAAUGAUUGAUGGAGGAAAGCUAUCAUAUGAAGACUGUUCAUUUUAUAAUCUGAUCCACUAAUGUUGUGCCUGAGAAUGUAAAUGAAAAUAUUCUAAUGAAAAAAUUUACAAUGUGGAAUUAUAGCGCAACUUUAUUUAGUGUGGCCAAUAAGCAUAUUCUAUGAAAUAUAUUAUUUUGGUAAAUAUAAAUUGUGACAUUCUGCAGAAUCUAAAUUGCCUUUUUUUGUUAUGAGGAAUCCAUUAAUUUUAAACAUAAUUAUAUAUGUAUUUAGCAUAUUACAUACAUGCUUAACAAUUAUACCAAGAUAACAUUCUGCCUGGUAGAAAUUCUAUGUUCUGAAUUUUGGGUAAUAGUGAAACAGAAAAUAUUUUUUAAACUAUUUGGACUAAGUUGUGUAAUCAGAAUCAAUGUAAAUAUAAUGCAUGUUUUUUUGUUAAUUAGUUUACACGAUGUGGGAAUUAAUGGUAAGGCCAAUAUUUGCGGUCUAUACAUAAAUGGCCUGAAGAAGAUGGUGGUCAGUUAUCCCCUUGCAGUCUUUCUAUAAUAGGACUCCCAGGAUGCUAUUGGCAGGAUUUACAUCUGAUAUGAUCUGACUUGGAAAUUAUGGCAAAAUAUUUCCGUCACAGAGUGCUCCAUUUUGAAAGGGAGAUAAAUAGUGGUGGUCCCUUGUGUCUUCCACUCUUGGCCUUCUAGAUGGCAGAGAUAAUGGGAAAGGAGGCCCCAUUGGAAUAAGAAUAAUUUGUUAGUCCUUGCUGUC